GGUAGCUUUUAACAAACAUUUGACAGGAUUUAUUCUUUUUUCCCUGUUUUCUGUUUGUUUUCAGUUUGGACCAGGAGAGAUGAAUAAGGUGGUUUUGGUGACGGGAGCAAACAGUGGCAUUGGCCUGGCGCUGUGUGAGCGUCUCCUGUCCCAGGACUCAGAGGGUCUCCAGCUGUGUCUGGCCUGCAGGAACAUGCGGCGGGCUCAGGCCGCUCGCUCCGCCCUCCUCGCCUCUCAUCCCACGGCCCAGGUGGCCCUGCUGCAGGUGGAUACCAGCAGCAUCUCGUCUGUCCUCACUGCUGCACAGGAGGUCAAACUCAGGUAUAACCGGCUGGACUACCUCUAUCUGAACGCAGGCAUCAUGCCAAACCCACAGUUUGAUGUAAAAGCCUUUUUUAAAGGCCUCUUCUCCAGCCGUAUCAUCACCAUGUUUGCCACCGGUGAGGGGAUUCUGACGCAGAGGGACUGUGUCACCUCUGACGGCCUGCAAGAAGUGUUUGCAACCAACCUCUUCGGUCACUUCCUGCUAAUCAGGGAACUGGAGCCAGUUCUAUGUCAGGCAGGCAGGACGUCCCAGCUGAUCUGGACCUCCUCCAGUAACGCUCACCGCUCGGCUUUUAACCUCGAAGACAUGCAGCACCAGAGAGGCAAUCAACCUUAUAGCUCCUCUAAAUACGCCUCCGACUUGCUCAGCCUGGCGCUCAACACACACUACAACAAGCAGGGUUUGUACUCAUCUGUCAUUUGUCCUGGUUUUGUGAUGACCAAUCUGACCUACGGUAUCCUGCCCUCCUUCCCAGACUUCUUCUGGACGCUGCUUAUGCCUCUCUUUUGGCUUAUCAGAAUGUUCACCAACACUUUCACCCUGACACCUUAUAAUGGAGCUGAAGCCCUGUUCUGGCUCUCUAAGCAAAAGCCUGAAUCGCUGGACCCUCAAGCCAAGUACCACAGCUUAACAAAUGGGCUGGGCAACAACUACACACAGCCAUGCAAGAUGGAUAUUGAUUUGGAAACAUCAGAAGCUUUGUAUGAGAGAUUACUGCAGCUAGAAAGCGAAGUAAGAAAGAAACGGAAGGAAAAACUAAAAGAAGCUCACAGGAGUCCUGCAGGACCCGGAUCAUCUUGAUGCAAAUGACACAAAUCUUGGAUGGAGAGUAUUUUAUUCCAGACUGGCUGGUCACCUGGGAGCAGCCUGCACACUGGCUGUCAGACCUCACAAAAAUAACUGUGACACAGCAACAUAGGAGCCUGAAUCCACAGCACAAAUAAACAAGUUACUUUAUGAGCAAGAAAUACAAUGUCUGUUAUAGGACAAGGAACCACAAUUGUGUAUGUUGUGAUGUUUUGGGAAAGUCUGCAAUAAAACUGAGCAUUGCUUGUUCUUAUCCACUUCUAUUCAGUCCAGUCAGUGCGUAAAAUGUCAUAUUAUAAGAGAGGAUUGAUAGAAACAAGCAGACAUGGCAGCUAGAACUUCUCAACCUGUGCGCCUAAGGAGGGACUGUGUCCAAUUUGGUUGUUAAUCCCGUGAUCCUCGCGGCAAAAAGCAGUGCAGUCUGACAGCAGACUGUCAGUAUCAUCCCAAAAGUUUACGUAAGUGGUCUGUGUGAGCCCUUCUGCGGAGUACGGCGGCAGAUGCGCACACCUGAAAUUCCGCUCCGGAGCGCAAACCCAGCAGACGUCCCCGUGUUCCGCUGCCUGGCUCCCGCACCCCUCCUCCUCCUCCUCCGCUCCGCUCAGUUUCGGGUUGCAAAAAGCCCAAACCAUGCCGCAGAAAUAUACGAAGAACGUGCCCAUCACCAUGACC